CAACCGCCUAUCCACUUCAACCAUACAAUCUUCACAAGCCAGCGUUUCCUAUCCUACCUGUCAGUACACUUCGGGAGUUGAGGCGGUAGAGGAGACACAGACAGACGCCAACACCACGAAGGGAGAAUUCCAGAAACAACCGGAAUAAUGAAGCUGCUGCUGCUCCUGCUGGUGUUCGUUGCUUGUGCUCAUGGCUUACCCGCUACUGGUGCAAAGGAAGCGGAGUCCCGUUUCUCCUUUGCCCCCCUGGAUGACGUCCGGCUCCUGGCCAACGGGCUCCUUCAGCUCGGCCACAGCCUGAAGGACUUUGUACAGAAGACCAAGGGCCAAAUCAACGACAUCUUCCAAAAGCUCAACGUGUUCGACCGCUCGUUCUACCAGCUCGCCACCCUGGCCAGCGAGAUCAAGGAGGAGGAGGAGGAGCUGAAGAAGACCACCGUCGUCCUCAAGUCCAACAACGACGAGAUCAAGAGCCUGUCCCAGGAGAUCAACACCAAGGUGGAGGACAUCAUUCGGGAGCGGAGCAAGCUGCGGAGCCAGGUGGGCCAGCUGGAGGAGAAGAUGAGUGGCCUGUCCCAGGGCCUUCUCUCCGCAGACCAGCUCGCCGAAAUCUCUGCUCUCAAGGAGGUCAUUCACACCCAAGAGAGAAGCAUCACAGACCUCCUGAAGGCAGUGAGGGAACAAAGUGAACAGCUCAACUUCCAAAGGACCCAGAUCAAGAGCCUGGAGAAGAAGGUCAGUGACAGCAUCCUUCAGGACACUGUUUUCAAAUGGGUCUGGAACAAAGAGACUCACAAUGUGUCUGGGUACCUGUCGGACAACAGCACCAGUAACGACUCUCUGUGGGAUGGUCUCCCAGCCCACUGUGGUGAUGUGUAUGCCAGAGGCCAGAAGAACAGCGGCCUGUACCCCAUCAAGCCCAACCGGUCCCGGCCCUUCCUGGUGCACUGUGAAAUGACCGACAAUGGGGGUGCUACUGUCAUUCAGCACAGACAGGAUGGCUCUGUGGAUUUCGACCAGACCUGGAGAAAUUAUGAAGAGGGCUUUGGCAGCUUUAAAGGAGAGUUCUGGCUUGGCUUGAGGAAGGUCCAUGCCCUCACUCAGCACAAUGACACAAUCCUGCGGAUCAUAGCCGAGGACUCCAAACAGGCCAAGUACGUUGUGGAAUACCACCUCAUGAUGGAGGAUGCCAGCUCUGACUACGCAAUCCACCUCAGGCCAACAGACAGUGACCUGCCGACCACUGUGGGAAACGACACAGCCAUCCGGUUCUCCACCAAGGACCGCAUGAACGACGAACACCAGGAGCCCAGCUGCACCAAUGACUACACAGGGGGCUGGUGGUUCAGCGCCUGCAGCGACAUCAAUCUCAAUGGGAGGUACACUAACGGCAAGCCGCAUGGCCGUGCUGACCGCAGAAAGGGAACACACCUGAAGGCCCACGCAUGGAGCUCGUUCUCACUCAAGUCCUCACAAAUCACAAUACGACAUGUGUCAAGCACACACAUCCCUCCUCAGGGACCAGCUGAAUAAACAGAUCCUCUCCUUGUUCACUCUCCCCACAUCACCCCCAACGACGUUGCUGUUACUGAAUAUCGGAGUAGUUGCAUUAUAAAGUUAAACUUUUAUAGCGUAGCACUAUAACAUAACUCAGAUAAUAGAAGUGUCCAAUGUGUAUAUGUUACAGUAGGUUUCUAUGGUGCUAACAGGUUAGAACCCUGCAGUCUGUGAUUAUGUUGAUUUUCGAUAGCGGUCACUGAAUAAGGUAUGCUCAUCUUAGAAUGCCCUUUUUCAUCCCGGCCUUUUAUAGUCAGAAGCACUGGGCAGGGGCCUGAGUAUUGUGGACCCUCAACCUGAGGUCAACCAUGGUUAACGGAGUCAGUCACAGGUUUUUCACUGAGUCACAUUGACUUUAAGAAUACCCAUUCAUACUGUAUAUAUUUUGUAGUGUGUGGUGCCAUUUGUAUUGAGCUUGAAAAUAAACAGUGUUUUUAAAAAAGAA